UGCCCGACGGCCAUUCCUGCGUCGCCAACAACCCCUGCCGCCACCGGCCCUGCCAGUUCGACUGCGUGCCCGAGGAGGACGGCGGCGGCGACGGUUACCGCUGCCGGUGCCCCGCCGGGUACGAGCUGGCGGCCGACGGGCACCAGUGCGAGGACCUGGACGAGUGCGCCGACGGGCCGUGCGAGCACCAGUGCGAGAACACGGAGGGCUCCUUCCUCUGCCGCUGCCACCUGGGCUUCAGCCCGUCCGAGGAGGAGCCGGGCCAGUGCGUGGACACGGACGAGUGCCAGAUCCCCGGCGUGUGCCAGCAGAUGUGCGUCAACUACGUGGGCGGCUUCGAGUGCUACUGCACCGAGGGCUUCGACCUGGAGGCCGACGGCAUCAGCUGCAGCCCGGUGGAUGCCCUGGGGCUGCCCGCCGCCACCCCCCCGGAUGUCUGGGCAGACCCCUUCCAAGUGCGCUUCACCACCCGGCGGGCGGACGACCUCAGCGCCCCACCGGUCCGGUUCUCGCUCUUCCGGGAGGCGGAGGCGGGUUCUUCUUCGUCGGAUUCCGCCGCUUCCUUCUUGUCGGUGCCAGACAGGCUGGUCUUCCCCCCGCGGAUGCCCGCCACAGCAGCCCCCGAGCUUGACAAUGCCUGGGACUCGCGAGUCUCUCCCUUGGAGCACGGCCCUUCCUCCCCGGGUCUCCAUCCCACCACCCCCGCUGCCGAUCCUCCCACGCCCACCGGGUCCCUGCCCCUUGCCAUCACGGGGGCCCUUCCACCCCCCCCGGAGGCGCCCGCUGACCCAGCGGAACCCAGCACUCGCCGGAUACCUUUAAUCACCACGCAGCCCCUGCCUCCCAGAGGAUCCAGUCCCGAGGACGGGAAGGAGGACCCUGUUGUCGGGGGAGUCAGGGCCCCCCUCCCCACCUUCGCCAGCCCCAGCCCAGCCUCUGGGGAGGAGCAAGGAUGGCACAGGAGGGAUGACCGCUGGCUACUGGUGGCCCUGCUGGUGCCCAUCUCCGUCUUCCUGGUCAUCAUGCUGGCCCUGGGCAUUGUCUACUGUACCCGCUGCGGAGCUCACGCCAAGAGUCGGAGCGUCACCCACUGCUACCGAUGGGUGAUCAGCACCUCCGAAAAAACAGCCCCUCCCCCCUCGUCCCGGCUUUGCCAGCCGGCUACUUGCCGAACCAGUGUCUGAACCAGGGGCCAGUGCUGGGGGCCCUCGCCUUGCUCCCGAGCCAGGUGGCACCGACAGAAAGGACCCAUCUGCUCACCGCUGGGCAAAGGGCCAAUGCCACAGAAAGUCUCCUCCCUUCUUCUACAUCUGGGGCAGUCUGCCAGGAUGCAGAGACCCAGCUGGAAGGGCACCAAAGGCUGACACACACCCCCACUCCCCCCGAGGCUCGCGGUUGGCUCCGAGGUGAGCUAACUCUUGGCUCAGAAAAGCCGAGGGUAUUCAGAACUGGGUUGCUGGAAUAAAGACACCUUUCCUUUUUCAGGGGGGGGGGGGGGGCACCUAAAGCGCCUUCAAAUGCUCUGUCCAAAGGGGGCACAGUAGUGACUUUCCUGACGUUGGAAAAGGGGGUGCCUGUGUCCUGUAUCCUUUCCAACCAGGGGUUGGAACUUGGGACGAAUUCGCGCGCAAGGGUUCCGCUGCCGGGCGCUGGCUGUUCCGCCAACCAGGGAAGUAAAGUUCUAGUCCUCAUGGCUUCUGAAUAAACCGGAACGUAGGAAGCUGUUUUCAUCUUGAGUCAAGACCACUGAUCCACACAGCUCAGUAUUGUUCCUCCCGCUGUGAGCCUGGGGGCUUGUUAAAAACUUGGACUGUAUCUCGGUGGGUCGUGGGAUACAGCCCCAGAAAUACACUUUGGUGGAGGGACCGCCGUUUGGUAUGCUGGCAAAGGGGACCUUCCAAGACGGGGCCGGGAGCUGGAAGGCUUUUUACCCCCCAGGUUUGUGGAGGAAAUAGAGGGUGGGGCCCUCUUGGAGCCAGACAUGUGGGAUGACAACCUGGCACCGUGCGGGAGAGGGUGCGGCCGCGCAGAAGGGGGGGCGGUUGACUUUGACUGCUGAUGUGGUCUCCUUUGAGGGGCGGAUGGCUCCUCGCAAGAGCAAAAAUUAAUAUUGUGUGCGUGUUUUGCGUGUCAAAUAAAAGGACUGGUCUCUCUGUCGGGCUGGAAGAAGACGGAAAUCUCUUCUGUCUGAUAGGCGUGGAGAAAUGCAAAACUGCGUGUGCCCAUCUGCGGGAGAGGGGAGUGAACGAAGGGGCGAGGAACGCAAUUGCCCCGGGAAGUAUUUUCACUCCCGUCUUUCCCAAUUGAAAGGUUGAAUGGCGGCUCCCAUCAUCCCUAGCAAGGAAUUACGAGCCUCCCCCCGCCCGCCCCCCUUAAUUUAAAGAUGGCUGGGCCAGUUGGAUUAAGAAGACAAAAAUGCUUCAGUUCCCACCGGGGAGCCUGGCUGGGCGAUGGAAAGACAGGUUCCAUCCGAGAGUCAUGAGGACUAGCCCCCUGGAGGAACGCUCAAAGCCAUGCUGCACGCUAACAUUUCAGAAGAAGCCCCUUGCUAACCAAGGUUAGCAUCUUGCGCAAAUGCAGGUCUCAAAUCUUCCACCGAGCUGGACAAAUAAAGGGUUCUUUAUAAAGGCGCAGAGACGAACAGGUUAAUGUAAAAGAGCUUGAAACGGACAGGAAGGCGGGGGGGGGGAGAUAUUUUGUAAACUUUGAGGUUGGGCGGCAAAGGAACGGAGGGGGUUGGAAAAGCACAGCGAAACUGUUUGUGUCUCUUCGCCAGUCCCUUUAAUUUUAAG